AUGGAAUCAACAGCUGCAGAUAAAGAAGUAAAACGCAAACAUGGUGAAUUGGAUGAAAGUAGCAGUAGUUGUUCUAAAAGAAUACGCAAAUUUGAAGAAGAAAGUGUUCAAGAUGAAAACCCAGAAUCGGGUGUUGGUACUAUUGGAGAUGAUGGUGCAGAUAAAGAAUCUUUAUCAGUUCUAAAACGCAAACAUGAAAGUAGUAGCAGUUUGGAUGAUGAUGAUGAAUUAGCUGAAACUAGUGAUUCAGAUUCUUCUAAAAGAACACGAACAUAUGAAGAAGGAAUUGUUAAAGAUGAAGAUCAAGAAUUGGCUGAAAGUAGUAGUACUCUGCAACAUCAAGAAGAUAAGAAAGAAGAUCAAGAAAUGGAUAAUAUUACUACUGAAACAGAGUGCGGUUUCUAUGUCAAUUUUGUAAGCGAUGAUGAGAAGGUGAUGAUGGGAAGUAUGACUGGAAGUGCUGAAAGAGAUGAAUCUACUCAAUCUAGUAACGAAAGUGAAGAUUGGGUGGAAGAAUUGACGACUGGAUUCAUCAAUUUAUCGAUAAUCAAAAGGAAGUGGUAG